AUGGCACCGGGGGCCACCGCGCUGUCCCCCGCGCUGCUGGUGGCGGCGGCCCGGGAUGCUCUGGGGACACGGAGCGGGCCGAGGGCGGCUCGGCGGCGGAGGCUGCCGGCGGCCCGUGCCCUGCAUGCGGCCGGGGAGGUGCUGGCGGUGGCGGCGGGGCUGAAGCCGGCGCUGCUCUGGGAGUGCGGGCCCGCGGGGCCCUCCGAGCUGCGGCGGUACCUGGGCGGGCUGCGGGAUGCGGGGCUGGCCCCGCACCGCAUCCACGUGCUGGGCGUGGAAGGCUCGGCGCUGCUGCUGCUGCACCCGCCGCUGGCCCGCGGGAGGCUGGAGGGGAUGCUCCGCGCCCGCCCCGCGCCCUUCGUGGAUGUCUCGGCCGGGAGGAGAUGCCCGGCGCUCUGCGCGGAGGAGGAGGCUGAGGCCAUCAGGGGACACCUCGCCUCCCUCCUGAGCCACCUGCGGGAUGCUGAGGCCGCCAGCGCCGGGCCGGUGUCCUGCAGCGAGGUUGUGCCCCAGGACUGGAACCUGUGCACCGUGGUCGGGGUGCUGCUGGGGUACCCCGCGGUGUACACCUUCUCCAGGGAGGAGGGCACCAAGAACUGCCUGGCGCUGACACCGCUGAGGGUGUUCACGGUCCAGGCCUCCUGCCCCAGGAUAAAGGACGGUCUGAGGGUCCAGAUUUACUCCUUCAGCAUCCCGGAGAGCCUCUGCACGAAGCUGGGGGAGGUGCUGGAUGCCUGGUGUGAUGAGCUGAAGGAGGCAUUCAGUGCACAGAGUGACUUUGUGGAUCUCUGCAUUUCCAGCGAGGUCGUGACUCUUCCAGCAGUUGCCUUGUAAAACAUGAGCAAACUCGGACUUUUUGGCGCUCCCUACAUUGGGGACCGAGACAAAAGAUCCAGUUCCCCUGUACGUGGUC